UAAGCAAUGUCAGGCUGUGUGUGACUUGAAUUCGACAUGUCCUUAAAGAGGCUCAUUCAGCAGAACCGCAACGGCAACUGUGGGGGCUACUACGGGAGCUCCACCUUCACCCCCUUAUUGGAACCAAUAGGUAGCCCACCACUGGACAACAAAAGGACCCAGACCAUUGCAGACCCAAUGGGGACACUGACUCGGGACUACAAGCAGCUUGCUUUAUGCCGAACAAGUUCCUUAGGCGACUCUUCUGGCCCCCAAAGGAAGUCAUUUACAAUCUUCAAAGAAGACAAUGAAACAUUUGGAUUUGAAAUUCUGACUCUUCGAUUUCAGAGUCAAAGUAAUGACUCCUUGGAAACCUGCACAUAUGUCUGCAAAGUAAAAGAAGGAAGCCCAGCCCAUCUCUCCAGACUCCAAAGUGGUUUUAUUCUGACUAAUAUCAAUGGAGUGAACACUGUUGGGCUCAAUCACAAGCAAAUGGUGGACUUGAUCAAAGCAUCGGGGAAUCCUUUAAGGUUAGUCACUGUGAACGAAGCCUUGUUUGUGAAAAGAAUGGAACUGGAAACCAAGCUCCGGUUUUUGAAGAAAACUUUGCAAGAAAAGUUGGUAGAAUUCCAGUCUCUGUGUUUACAAGAACAGCACCUUGUUAAUGCUGAAGUGAAUUUCAGCUCACCACUGAAUUCUGUGCCAUUAGAAGAAUCUAAUUUAUUUGCUGAUGAUGUUGGGCUAGAGUCAGCCUUGGCAAGCAAACCCCGCUUUUCCAGCGAAAGCAGCUGUUUAAGCCGCCUGAGCUCAAUGACAGUGGAUAGCGAGGACAGCUUCUACCAGCCCUGUGUGUUUGAAGAUCCUGCGAAUGGAACUUUUAGCCGGCAGUCAAGCACAGAUGAUGACUGCUUCCUCUCAAGGGACACUGAUGUCGCUUUUAAGAAGACUUCACUGAGAAGGCACAGAAGCAUCAGCAUAUCCAGCAGCGGAUCUGGAUCUCCUGUAUGGGAUGGAGGCAACAUCUUUGGGACGCUCCCACGGAAAACCAGAAAGGGAAGCGUUCGAAAGAGGCUUUUGAAAUUCAUCCCUGGUCUUCACCGAGCUGUGGAAGAGGAGGAAAGCCGUGUCUGACAACUCAAGCUUGGAUGCAUAGCAAACUGCAUCCUCCAUAGAAAAUCUGUGCAGAAACUACAGCUUUGAAACCAGAUAGUGCCUGUGCUUCAGACUUGGUUCAGAGCUAAUUCAAUGAAGACCACGGAGGAAAAAGAGAGUUCAGAAUUAGAUUCUUAUUCCCAGCCCCCCCCCCCAAUAUCCUCAGAACAACAUUAUAAUAUACAUGGGGUUGGGGGGUGGGGAGCAGGAAGCAGGAUUCUCUAAUAACAUUAGUAGAAUCUGAGUCUGACACAGGUCUCAUACAGUAACCACUAGUAUCCAGUAUUCCAUGUGGGCACUCCUUCCCCCAAAUCUUUGGCUGCUAAAAGGAAGGAAGGCCUAUUUAUUUUCUAGACCAGGGUUUCUUAACCUUGGGCACCCAGAUGUUAAUAGACUACAAUUCCAUCCCCAGCCAUGUCCAUUGUGGCUGGGGAUGAUGGGAGUUGUAGUCCAUCAACAUCUGGGGGCCAAGGUUAAGAAACUCUGUUCUAGACUAUCAAAGCCCACUACCCAUAUUUGGUACAACUGCCAUAUUUUCUUCAUAUAAUUGUCCAGGAUUACAUGCCUCCCUCCACAAUCUUAUGGAAGGAGAAUGAAUGAUCCAGAAGUAUAUGUUUGCACUUGUUUGCACGAAUGCAGCAAUUUCUGCAGUGGCUCAGAACAAACUCACAAACCUUUCUGUAGUCAUGGGAACCACUGAAUCUUCACCACUAAGUGGACAUGUGUAAUUUGAGUUCAUGCAUUACUUCAUUUGAAUGUGGGGAACAUGAGCCUGAGAAUGUGUGAAGGAAAUUGGCAGUAUUAUUAAAUUGGACCAUAGUAAAUAUACCUUUUAAAUACAAUUACAGUGCCUGCUCUUAUUCUUUGAUGUACAAAGUUUGUUCUAAGGAAAAGAAAGUGUAGGAUAAAGUAGAUUUUUUUAAAAAAAAUGAUUGUUGAAAUGGUAUUUGUACAGGUUUCAAGAAUGUAGAAUGUGAUGUAUGCAUUUCAAAAAACAAACUCAAGAACAGUCAAAAAAUUGCAGAUAUUUGGGCAGCUACAUCAGAAGUUGGAAAAACUUCCUGAAAAUGUAGAACUGAAAAAUCAAAUUCUAAAUGUAAAAAAUCCAGAUUGCAAAAUUUGGAUUUUUGAGAUUUUGAUUUCUACAUGUUUGGUUUGAAAAUGUUUGUGUGGCUUCAUCUCUGAUGAUAUAAUACCUGGCCAAUGCCUGGAUGGGAAACCUUCUGGGAGCCCUAAGGAAGGGCUCCCUAGGUGGAUGAGAUACAAAAGUAGUAAGCAAAUACAUUUCAAAAUCUGAAUAUUUAUUUUAGAAGUUAUUUCCUGUCCUUUGACGUGGAGUAGGAUUCACUUGGCUUUCUAUGUGUGAGAGAAUUUUGUUUCUGCAUAGGUUUUUUUACAACCUAUAAUUUAAGUAAAAAAAGAAAAAUUAAAUCA